GUUGCAACACCUGCUCUUGUUCCAAUCAGAAAUCAAUACUUGACUGAACUUGGUCAUCGAAUUCGAUCUCGUCCAAUUCCAUGGGAAGGUUAUGCUCGUGCAGAUUUGGUCACUCAAGAUGAGCUUAAAAUGAUCAGAUCAAUCGAUGGAAAAGAUGAAGAAGAAUCACAAAAGUUAUUAGAUCAAGAUGGAGAGAAGUAUGCUUCUUUAUACAUUCGACUACUCAACAAAUUAACAAGAACAGACACUUUACAACAAAUCUUGGUUCUCAUGGGUGAUAUGCUAGAAGAUCAUGAUGAUCGUGCUGCUUUAUUUCUCAAAGUCAAACAAGCCGAUCAAGGAAAUACAUGGCCUUGGCAUCCUUUACUCAAGAUGCUCGAGGUGCAAGAUGAUUUCAGCCAGCUCAAAGCAGCCCAACUUCUCACAAUAUUACUCGUCUAUCCUACAGACCUAGAGAGCAAGAAAAUCCCUUCUCACGUCCUGGAUCGUCUGCUCACAUUCUUAUCUGCUUUGAUCAAUUCCGGUGCAGCAAGCGGGGAUACAGCUCGUUCCAGUGCACCAGGAUCAGGCACAUUGCGUCCUCCAUUGGCACAAGGCGGAUAUGCAGAAGGAAAUGGAUCAGAUGUAGGCAUUCAAUUACUCGAAGCACUCCUUCGCUCAAAGAGAUAUCGUAACCUCGUCUGGCAAGAUGAGGUACGGAAGAUUGGAAUGACAGAUGGCAAAGAUAUGAACGAAGACGAUGGCGGGAACAAGGAUCAUGUGGCUGCUAGCGAAUAUGAAAGCAUCAUUGCUGGAUUACGUGCAAUUCUAGCUUACAGUCUCGUCCCAAAAUCAGGCGGUCAACAGAGUCAUUCGCAAUCGGGAACAUCGACGCCUAACACCCAAACUACCAGCAGCCAAGCAACUCGUGUACCAGACAAUAAAUCAUCUUCGGGAUCACGAACACCAACUGGGAAUGUGGGCGUUCAGAUGGUGUAUCAAGCAGUGUUCUGCAUUUGGUUAUUCAGCUUUGAUGAAGAUGCAGCUUCGGAACUUAAUAUCAAAUUUGGCUUUAUCCCGAUCCUUGCUGAUGUAGCACGUAGUGCUGUCAAAGAGAAGGUGGUUCGUAUCGUCGUUGCAACUUUGCGAAAUCUGGUCGAGAAUGCACCAUCACCAAAUACAGCAGCACUGUUGGGAAGCAAAGGUUUGCCCUUGAUGGAAUCACUAGCAUCUAGAAAGUGGAGCGAUGAUGAAAUCACUGAAGAUAUCAACUUUGUCAAAGAGGCUCUAAGCGAAAAGCUCAAGGUGAUGAGCACGUACGAUCAAUUCAUUUCAGAACUGGCAUCAGGUAGACUUUCAUGGGAUAAUCCUGCACAUUCUUUAGAUGAUUUCUGGAAAGAAAACACAUCAAAAUUGUUGGAUACAUCAACAACAAACGAAGAAUCAGGAGAAAAAGGAAGUGGAUUAGAAAUGUUAUUAAAGUUAAUCAAAGAUGCUGAUAAUAUCGAUUCUACUACUUUGGCAAUCGCUUGUAACGAUAUCGGAAAGAUGAUUCAAUUCUCACCCGAAGGAGGAGCACGUAAACGAGUGGAAAAGGCGGGUGGAAAGACGUACAUCAUGGCACUCAUCAAUCAUUCGGACGGUCAAGUGAAAUUUUAUGCACUACAUACAGUCUCAAGACUUGUUUCUGCCAGUUGGCGG